UUGCUCUCCACUGGGUUUGGCUGAGCACAGAGUAUAGCUUGCAGGAGCUGCCUUCAUUAACCUUCAUUAAUUGGGGCAUUCCCACCAGCUAAGCUGCAGGGUCGCAGCUCAGGGUUUCCUCCGGGUGAUGCCGGUCCUCGCUGCCGGCAGUGCGAGCGGCGGCUGCAGGGAGCCAACAGCAGUGGCAUUUUUCCUCACCAAUGCAGCCAGCAGCAGCCGACUGAAGCAAAGGAGGGAGCCGUGGUUUCAACCAGCAAGCUGGCUGCCAGCAGUUCUCAUCCAGGUCCCAACAUCAGCCAGAAAGAAAUCUCUCAAGAUUGAAUCUUUUUGAGUGAAGAAAAGAUAAAAUGGCCUCGAUGUUGCUUAGUCGACAGCUGACGUGUUGCCUGCAGCAAAACUCCAGACUACCUGUCUUUGGAUGCAGGUAUAUCAGUCAAGCUGCAGCUAAAAUUGAUGUGGAUUUUGAUUAUGAUGGACCUCUAAUGAAGACAGAAGUUCCUGGACCACGAUCUAGAGAACUAAUGAAGCAGCUGAAUGGCAUGCAGAACGCAGAAGCUGUGCACUUCUUUUGCAACUACGAAGAGAGCCGAGGGAACUACCUGGUAGAUGUUGAUGGCAAUCGCAUGCUGGAUCUCUACUCUCAGAUUUCAUCCGUCCCAAUAGGUUACAGCCAUCCCUCUCUGAUAAAGCUUCUACAGCAGCCACAGAACUUGAGCACUUUUAUCAACAGACCUGCCCUUGGGAUUUUACCUCCAGAGAACUUUGCAGAAAAACUGAAGGAAUCUCUUUUAUCAGUGGCUCCUAAGGGCCUGUCACAGGUGAUCACCAUGGCCUGUGGAUCCUGCUCUAAUGAAAAUGCCUUUAAAGCAAUAUUUAUGUGGUACAGAAGCAAGGAGAGAGGCCAUAAUAAUGUCACAAAAGAGGAACUGGAAUCUUGCAUGAUUAACCAGCCCCCCGGCUGCCCUGACUACGCCAUGCUCUCCUUCAUGGGCGGCUUCCACGGAAGGACCCUGGGUUGCUUAGCUACAACUCACUCUAAAGCAAUUCACAAACUGGACAUUCCAUCACUGGACUGGCCUAUUGCUCCAUUUCCAAGGCUAAAGUAUCCUCUGGAAGACUUUGUGAAAGAGAAUCAACAGGAAGAAGCCCGUUGUUUGGAGGAGGUAGAAGACCUGAUUGUAAAGUACAGGAAAAAGAAGAAGAUUGUGGCUGGAAUCAUUGUAGAACCAAUCCAGUCAGAGGGUGGGGACAACCAUGCUUCAGAUGACUUCUUCAGAAAGCUACGAGAUAUUGCCAGAAAGCAUGGCUGUGCCUUCUUGGUGGAUGAGGUGCAGACAGGAGGUGGCUGCACAGGGAAAUUCUGGGCGCAUGAGCACUGGGGCCUGGAUGACCCAGCUGAUGUGGUAACGUUCAGCAAGAAGAUGAUGACAGGAGGAUUCUUCCACAAGGAGGAGUUCAGGCCAAAUGCUCCUUACCGGAUUUUUAACACCUGGCUUGGGGACCCAUCCAAGAACCUUAUGCUUGCUGAAGUCAUAAAGGUUAUUAAAACAGAGGACCUUCUAAACAAUGCAGCCCAUGCUGGGAAAGCACUGCUGACUGGGCUGCUGGAUUUACAGGCUCGUUACCCCCAUCUUAUCAGCAGAGUGAGAGGAAGAGGAACAUUCUGUUCAUUUGACACUCCAAAUGAUGCUACUAGAAACAAGUUAAUUACAAUAGCCAGAAACAAAGGUGUUGUGCUGGGAGGCUGUGGCGACAGAUCCAUUCGCUUCCGUCCAACCCUGAUCUUCAAGGACCACCAUGCACACCUCUUCCUGAACAUUUUCAGUGACAUCUUGGCAAACUUCAAGUAAAAAGCAGUUCUCUCGCACUGAACAGCUGAUUAUGAAAUUAGUUUGCAUUAAUUCAUGUCUUCUCUACUUACAAGAUAAGUGUAAAGUCAUAAACUAGGGUUUGUGUUCAGUCUGUAAUCCUGCCCAACCAAGGCAAGCUGCUCCAUGCAAACUCGACCCAGGCAGAGCAUUGGUACUAGUCACCAGCAGGUACAUGCAGCUGUCCCACACUGUGCAUUUCUAGAAGCUGUGGCCCUCCACAUUCUGGCUUGGGCCAUUUGAAUUGUAGAGUCCUCUCAAUGGUCAUGGCCCUGCUACAGCCUGUUUUCACAGGUAAUCCCAGUAGGUUUGUGUCCAGAAGCAGCCACCAGUAUGGCAUAACCUUUAAAGCCACAUGCCUGCCAUACAGACAGUGCCACUCUCUAAUGGUAGCUGGAAUAAAAUCAGUGUUUCAAGGAAAGCUCUGCUUUUCACCACUGCCAAGUACAGUACUUCACAGAGCGAGUUCCAGCUUUCUUCCCAUGAACACAGACAUCUGCCACAGCAGCUGGCUCAGAAUGCCAUCAGCUGCUCUGUGCCCAGGCUACACAUAGUGCCCUCAGCCACUGGCCAGUGCUCCAAGGGGAAUUCAAGUACUUGUACUUCCUUCCCCAUCUUGGAUUUUAGAACCUUUGACUUCUCUUACAAGGAGACUUGUACAGAGAAAACUAUACCCUGAAGUAUGUAAUUUGGCAACGCUUGGAGAAUCACGUGAAGCACAUUGCUUCCACCUCUGUCAGCAGUCUAGAAUGAAUUGAGCUCUUUCCCCAGCUGCCCAGGACACAAGCUAGCCAUUCAUCUCUCUUACCAGCUCCACAUCAGUACUUGGGGUAUUUUGUAAAAUUACAGCAGGACUGCUUGAUCUUGGCCGUUAGCUGGCAUCAGUGAAGGCCUAGUCCUAACUGCACAUUCAUAAUGCAAACUAGUUCUAUUUUUGUUCUCAAAGUUUAUUCUAAAGUCAUUGAUUCCUCAGAGAUGCCCUAAAAAGCCACAGGAUCAAAAAGUGUCUGCAGUCCAUUGAAUUUUUUUUCUCUUCAGAGCACUGUUCUGGCUGCCUCUCUACUGCACACUCUGCUGUUUGCUUAAGGCUGACUUGAACUAUGUCUGGUGCCUUUUAUUUUUCCUUUUCUUCUUGGCUAGCAAGCAUCUGGAUUUUGUUUCCCAAGUUUGAUUUCAUGUUGUGCACCAAAAAUAAAUCAGGGACCACUGUGGACUUCAAAGCUGCUCUAUUAGACCUGACCACAAUUUAAGUACACAGUAAGAGACAGAGGAGUUAAAGAUUUACAUUUUAAUACAGCUACCAAACCAUGAAAGGUUUCUUACCUGCUUUGAGAGGUGUUACUCAUGGUUCUCCCCUUGUAUUUGUUUGGGUGCUCGUACUGGGAAACUCAAGUACUCACUUCCAGCUUAAAAAUACCAGGAUUUCUCUAAACCUCUCUGCAGAAACCACAGUUCUAGUACCAGCUGGUCAGAACCCGAGCAAGUUUUUGAACAGAGGUUGUGGACACCAGGGGGGAGGCCCAGUAAACUGGUGUACAACACAACCUCCUUGUCAUCACUGUCCUCCUAAGUGUGCUAUCAGCAAGAGGAACGUCCAACUGAGAAGUGUAGUUGGCAGCAUUUGGGGAAUUAGUUUGUUCCACAUAUCAGUGCAGUAGUUUUAGUAAGUGUCUCUAGUAAGUCUUGUACUUUUACAGAAGAAAAGGUCCAGUAAGUUGAAGUCUUACCACAUCUUCACUUUUAUUAUGAAUACUCUAGGUGUUUUUAUAAUUUUUACUGACACUCAGUAACUGUUUAACUGUGUCCAACAUGUUGAUGAGCUCAUGUUAGAGAAUACUUACAGAGCACUGCAGCUAAGGCAUACAAAGUUCAUAUUGUUUACAGCAUACUGUGGACAGUGCCAAAUAAAUGUUUAAACAAAUACUUAACUACACUUGAUGGUGUAAGUAGUAACUGCACACAGCCUCAUAACAAAUGACAUCUCAUGUGUAAUCAAUAUUCUUAAAUAAACUGUUUAUAAUUGAACUUCUCCAGAGCUCUUCGUUUUACA